UAGUUUUAGCUUACGGUUUUAUAACCUAAUAAUAUUACGACGUGAUCUUUUACCGAUCAUAUAUACUUAAAAUUAAUGUUAAUUUUUAAAUUAACUAUCUUAUCAUGGAAACUUUUUACAUACUUAUUAUUAAUAUUUUAUUUAGUAUAUUUGCCUUUAUUUCUACGUAUAAUAUUAUUCCACGACUAAAAGAUAUGUUUGUUAGUGCUAAUUUAUAUGGAAAAGAUUUAAAUAAAAAAUCUGAGAACAAAAUACCUGAAGCUUUUGGAGUAGUGUCUGGAUGUACAUUUCUGAUUACAAUGUUUGUGUUAAUACCAAUUAUAUUUGGUAGACACAUAUUACAAAAUGAUACAAGUCUAUUCCCCCAUAGUGAAUUUAUAGAAAUGUUAGCUGCUCUGUUGUCGAUUUGUUGUAUGCUUUUAUUGGGAUUUUCUGAUGAUGUACUAAACUUAAGGUGGCGACACAAACUAUUAUUACCAACAGUUGCAUCUUUGCCCCUACUUGUUGUUUAUUACAUUAAUUUCAACUCGACUACAAUAAUUGUACCUAAACCAUUUAGAGAUUUUUUAGGAGUAUCUAUUAAUUUAGGUUUACUUUAUUAUGUGUACAUGGGUAUGUUAGCUGUAUUCUGUACAAAUGCCAUAAAUAUACUAGCUGGAAUAAAUGGUUUAGAAACUGGGCAGAGUCUUGUUAUUGCAAUUUCUAUUUUAAUUUUUAAUUCAAUUGAACUAUCAGGGGAUUGUGCUCAAGCACAUUUAUUUUCAUUACAUUUCAUAAUACCAUUUAUAGCUGUUACUUUUGCUUUGUUAAAAUAUAACUGGUAUCCUUCUGAAGUCUUUGUUGGUGAUACUUAUUGUUAUUUUGCUGGUAUGACAUUUGCAGUUAUUGGAAUUCUUGGUCAUUUUAGCAAAACUAUGUUAUUAUUUUUCAUACCACAAAUAUUUAAUUUUUUGUACUCAACUCCUCAGUUGUUUCAUUUUAUAAACUGUCCUAGGCAUCGUAUUCCAAGAUUAGAUAAGUAUGGAACACUAUCACCAAGUUAUGCAGAAUGUAACAAAGUUAAUAUUUCAAUAAUUGGGAGAAUGUGUUUGAAAUUAUUUUCCUAUUUUAAAAUAAUACACAUUGAAGAAAAAUCAGAUGGAAAUAUUAAAUGUAAUAAUUUAACACUCAUCAAUUUGUGUUUAAUAUUGAUAGGACCAACUAAUGAAAAAACAUUGACUAUAAUAUUAUUGGGCAUUCAAGCUGUUUGCAGUAUGUUUGCGUUUAUCAUACGUUACCCAUUAGCAUCAUUGUUUUAUGAAGUAUAAUUUAUUUGUAAUAUUUUUUGCAUAAGCUAUCCAACUUAAAUUAUGAAAUUUAUUUUAUAAGCAUA